AUGUUUUUAUUUGGGUUUGUACAGUUCUGCGGUAUCAGCGCAGUCCUCUUUUAUACACCUACUAUACUUAAGGAUGCUAAGGUUGAUGAAGUGCUGAGUAAUUUGAUAAAUAUUAAUAAGAACUCUGCUACACUACUGGCAAGUGCAAUGAGUGCUAUGCCGAUGUUGUUCUUUAUCCUCCUGGGAAUGUGGUUGAUGGACCGUGCAGGAAGAAGGUCUAUACUUCUAUACACUACUCCAAUAUUAUUCCUUACAAUGGUGAUAAUGAGUUUGGCGAGAGUGGUUCAUCUACCAAGUGCUGUUCAGUCAGUUGUGUUGAUUGGGUGUAUAAUGUCAUUUUUGAGUUUCUUCAAUAUGGGAUUUGGUGCAGUACCAAAUAUUAUAUGUUCUGAAAUUUUUCCAACAAAGGUUAGAGGUGCAUGCCUGGGAAUUUGUUCACUAACAACGUUCCUUUGCACCACAGUUGUGACAUUGUCUUUCCCUGCACUCAACAAUCUUUUGGGAGCACCGACUGUUUUUGGAUUUUUUGCAUUCAUGAGUCUGGUCUCUUGGGUUUUCACAUUUCUUAAGGUUCCAGAGACUAAAGGAAUUCCUUUGGAAAUUAUCACAGAGUUCUUUGCUGUGAAGAAACUUGAGUAAACAAAGAGUACAUAAACUAAAUAGAACUCUGAAAGAGUAAAGUGAAUUGAAACUAAAGGAAUUCUUUAGAGAAGUGAAAUUGGUUCCAGGAAAGAACGCGUUUGCUCUCAGUUUUGAAAUGUAUUAAUUAGCAAAGAGGAACUCAACCAAAUAUGGUUCUUUUGAUCUAUUUCUUCAUAUUGUAGUGCCAACAUUCUUGAGGUUAGUAUUGGUCUUCUACAGUUGAUUUUUUGUGUAAUAAUGGAUUUGUAGUGCCAACAUUUUUGAGGUUAGUAUUGGUCUUCCACAGUUUUU